UUAAACCUGGGAUUAAAAAAGGUGCUCCAUGAAUCAGGGCCUCCCAAAUGACUCAACCAGCCAGUCCUUGCCAACCGUUGGUUGAAACCUGUGCCACGCAUGUAGCAGGGAUGGCACAAGAGGACAGCUGCCGUGGGCAAGUGCCAGCCACCUUUUACCAUGGUGCCAGCCAGGAGCUCGACCUGUCCACCAAAGUGUACAAGAGGGAGUCAGGAAGCCCUUACUCUGUCUUGGUGGACAGCAAAGGGAGCAAAGCACACCUCCACGAAAGAGAGGAGCAGCCGUAUUUCAGGGAGAACAGAUCAGUGGGAGAGGUCCGGGCUGUGAAAGAAGACAGAGAGAACUCUGACGACUCUGAGGAGGAGGAAGAGGAGGAAGAUGAAGUGACUUACAAAAGGGAGCAGAUUAUAGUAGAGGUAAACCUUAACAACCAAACGUUAAAUGUAUCAAAAGGGGAGAAGGGUGUCUCCUCCCAGUCCAAAGAGACUGCUGUUCUUAAGACCAGCAGUGAGGAAGAGGAGGGUGACAGUGGGGACGAUGGCACUGAAGACAGUGAUGAUUAUGAGCAAAUUGGGAGGCAGAAGAAAAAGGAGAAAAGAGUGGAGAAAGUUAGUGUUGCACAGAGGAGAACGAGGAGAGCUGCAUCUGCUGCAGCAGCCACCACUUCCCCAGCACCCAGAACUACACGGGGUCGUAGAAAGAGUGUGGAGCCCCCCAGGCGUAAGAAGAAAGCUGCAAAGGAGCCCAAGGCACCUGUGCAGAAAUCAAAGUGUGAAGAGAAGGAGACUUUAACCUGUGAGAAGUGCCCCAGGGUGUUUAACACCCGCUGGUACCUGGAGAAGCACAUGAACGUCACCCACAGGCGCAUGCAGAUCUGCGACAAAUGUGGGAAGAAAUUUGUGCUAGAAAGUGAGCUCUCCCUUCACCAGCAAACUGACUGUGAAAAAAACAUCCAGUGCGUUUCCUGCAACAAAUCCUUCAAGAAGCUCUGGUCCCUCCAUGAACACAUCAAAAUCAUCCAUGGGUAUGCAGAGAAGAAGUUCUCCUGUGAGAUUUGUGAGAAGAAGUUCUACACCAUGGCCCACGUGCGGAAACACAUGGUUGCACACACCAAGGACAUGCCAUUCACAUGUGAGACCUGUGGGAAGUCCUUCAAACGAAGCAUGUCCCUCAAAGUCCAUUCCCUACAGCACUCUGGAGAGAAGCCUUUCAGGUGUGAGAACUGUGAUGAGAGGUUUCAGUACAAGUACCAGCUGCGCUCCCACAUGAGCAUCCACAUCGGGCACAAGCAGUUCAUGUGCCAGUGGUGUGGCAAGGACUUCAACAUGAAGCAGUACUUUGAUGAGCACAUGAAAACACACACUGGAGAGAAGCCUUUCAUCUGUGAAAUCUGCGGGAAGAGCUUCACCAGCCGGCCCAACAUGAAGAGGCACCGCAGGACUCACACGGGGGAGAAGCCCUACCCCUGCGACGUCUGCGGCCAGCGCUUCCGCUUCUCCAACAUGCUGAAGGCGCACAAGGAGAAGUGCUUCCGCGUCACCAGCCCGGUCAGCGCCGCCGCCGGCCAGAUGGCCCUGGCCGCCCCUCCGCCUGCCGCCUCCCUGCCCCCCGUGGUGAACACGCCCGCCCCGGCUCCACCGCUCAACCUCAACCCCGUCGGCGCUGCGCUUCCCCCGCCCCGGCCCAUUCCCCACCCUUACUCACACCUCCACCUCCACCCCCCUCCUCCUCCACCUCCACCACCACCUCCUCCUCCUCCUCCUCACCAUCCCCAUCACCUCCCGGUCCCCCCAGUUCCUCACUUACCUCCUCCUCCAGCUCUUUUCAAGAGCGAGCCUUUAAACCACAGAGGCCAGAGCGAGGACAGCUUCCUGCGGCACCUGGCAGACAAAACCAGCCCAGCACAGCACCACUAACAGCUUUGCUUCCUGCCAGCU